AUGUUCGUGAUUGUCUCCUUCUCGUACUUCUUGUCCAUUGCUGCCGUGGCCUCGUCAAAGACGAAGAUGGGCGCAUCCUUCAGCACAGCCCGAACUAGUGAAAUCUUCUGCUUCUGCCCGCCUGACAACUUGUGGCCCCUUGGCCCCACUUCCGAGUUGUAG